AUGGCGAGAAAGAGCAGAGGUCGCCAAAAGGUGGAGAUGGUGAAAAUGUCGAAGGAAAGCAAUCUCCAAGUUACCUUUUCAAAACGCAGGUCCGGGCUUUUCAAAAAGGCUAGCGAGCUUUCCACUCUUUGUGGCGCGGAGAUUGCUAUCAUCGUCUUUUCUCCGGGAAACAGGGUUUUUUCCUUCGGCCACCCUGGUGUUGAGAAUGUCAUUGAUCGUUACUUCACUAGAAACCCUCCUCAAAACUCAGGUACCAUGCAACUUAUUGAAGCUCAUCGCAAUGCCACCGUCCGUGAACUGAAUAUGCAGCUCACCCAGGCGGUAAACCAAUUUGAGAUAGAGAAAAAGCGAGGAGAGGAGCUCAGCCAAAUGAGGAAGGCUGGCCAAAGUCAAAGCUGGUGGGAGGCUCCCAUCGAGGAACUUACAUUGCCUCAAAUUGAGCAGUUGAAGGUAUCUCUGGAGGGCCUAAAGAUGAAUGUGACGAAGCAAGCUCAAAAACUUCUAAUCGAAAAUCCGGGUCCUCCACAAUUUUUUGCUUCAAGUUCCAGCGGGGGGAUUUUCCCUUAUGAUCGAAAAGCAGGUGGUUUCAAUCCAAAUAUGGUGUUGCCACAUUAUGAUUACAAUAAUCCUGGAUAUAGACGUGGAUUCUUUUGAUCAGGAGGGCCUGAAAGUCUGGAUAAGUACUGAGAAAGGUGACAUCCACAGCAUUUUUGGGCGGUGCUCGCCAUCUUGUAGCCUUCGCGUCUCUUCACGGUCAGAAUUCCAGUAUUUGAUGAUCCGUAUUUAAUUAUGUGUCUGAAUAAUAGGGUGCCUAGACAAUAAUAUGGACACACUGUUACAAUAAAUUUGUUGUUCGCCAAAUUUCCUUAAAUUCUCAUUUAAUAAGCGAGGAGGAUAAUUUCGUAGUUGUUUGUUAAUGUCACUUUCUAUA